CUUGAACGCACUGCGGACAGAUUUAACUAAAAAGUUCUCUUGUUUUCAGAUAAAAUAAUCGCUUACGUAUAACGCAAUCUCUACAAAUCAUGGUCUAUUCACAACGUGAAUGCAUUUCCAUUCAUAUCGGACAGGCUGGUGUCCAAAUCGGGAACGCGUGUUGGGAGCUCUUUUGCCUUGAACAUGGAAUCGGAGCGGAUGGACAGAUACCAGAAGACCGAUCCCCUGGAUUGGCAGACGAUACCUUCAACACAUUUUUUAUGGAAACAGGAGCUGCUAAACAUGUUCCGAGAGCAAUCUUCGUCGAUUUGGAACCUACCGUUAUCCAUGAGGUUAGAACUGGAACAUAUCGCUCACUUUUCAAUCCGGAGCAACUGAUAUCUGGAAAAGAGGAUGCUGCUAAUAACUAUGCUAGGGGUCACUACACGGUAGGAAAGGAAAUCAUAGACUUGACCGUGGAUAGGCUCCGAAAAAUAGCGGACCAUUGUCAUGGCUUGCAGGGAUUUCUGAUAUUUCACUCUUACGGGGGUGGAACAGGAUCAGGAUUCACAUCAUUGCUCCUUGAGCGGAUUGCUCUAGAAUAUGGGAAUAAAAAGUCUAAGCUAUGUUUCUCCAUCUAUCCGGCCCCACAGGUAUCUACCUCGGUUGUGGAGCCUUAUAACAGUGUGCUAUAUACCCAUACGACCCUUGAGCAUAGUGAGUGCAGUUUCAUGGUUGACAAUGAAGCAAUUUACGAUAUGUGUCGUCGACAAUUGGAAAUUUUGAGUCCAACUUAUACGAACUUGAAUCGCCUUAUUAGUCAGCUAGUUUCUAGCAUCACAGUAUCUCUAAGAUUCGACGGGGCCCUUAAUGUGGAUCUAAGUGAAUUUCAAACUAACUUGGUACCUUAUCCAAGAAUUCACUUUCCAUUGGCAACAUACGCACCCUUUGCGCCUGAAGGAAGAGCAAAUCAUGAGAAAAUGUCAGUUGAUGAUAUUACCAAAUCAUGUUUCGAUCCCGGACAUCAAAUGGUUAAAUGUAAUCCAGCAAGCGGAAAGUACAUGGCUGUUUGCCUACUUUACCGAGGAGAUGUAGCGCCUAAGGAUGUCAAUUUUGCUAUAGCGCAAAUCAAAGCAAUGAAGACCGUACACUUUGUCGACUGGUGUCCUACAGGAUUUAAGGUUGGAAUCAAUUAUCAGCCUCCCUUUGUUAUCCCAAAUGGAGAUUUGGCUCAAGUCACACGAGCAGUCUGUUGCUUGAGCAACACAACAGCUAUCGCAGAAGCAUGGGCGAGACUUGAUCGAAAGUUUGACUUGAUGUUUGCUAAACGAGCUUUUGUUCACUGGUAUGUCGGCGAAGGCAUGGAAGAAGGAGAGUUCGUCGAAGCUCGCGAAGACCUCGCUGCCCUUGAACUAGAUUAUCAAGAGGUAGCUGAAGGUUUAGCAGAUGAAGAGGAAUACGAAGAAGAUUAGAUCAUUAGGGAAAAAAUCAAAAGUACUCUAGCCUACAUCAAACACAAAAAUGGUGCUUGCACAACAAAAAUUAUGUAACUGCCAUUCGAGAUCACUCGAAGUCAACGUUAGAAUAAUACACCAACGUACUUGUGACGUUAAAUAAAACCACAAGCUUUUGCACAAAAUUUGACAAAAAUUGAUUUUAAGUAAAAAAUUGAGCGAGAAAAGACUCGCUCUUUUUAAAUGGAAUUUGAAUUUUGAAUGAGGCGCGUAAAUUUUGAAGUAUCAAAUGUCAACAACUCAAACGCCACCUGUCGCAUAAACAAGCCGGUUAGUCAUGCAAAUGGGCGUUUAAUUGUUUGAGAAUUUGAAGACGCUUUCAACACGAAAAUGCGGAUGCGUGGGAAAAAGAAUCUCAUUAUAAAACUAGUCGUAUCUUUAGUGAUUUCUUACGUUCUUUUUCGUGCCAAAUGGCAGUCUGCCAGUUUCGGAACCUCAGUGUCAGAAAAUCCACACCAAGUUUGGGAAUUUGUCUCUGAUCUAAACAAUGCUAAAUUAUUAAACCCAUCAAUCUACGAUUUCUACAUCACUGAGCAUGAUAAAGGAAACUAUGAACAUUGGGAGUAUGGAGCUGUCAUUUACGAAACAAUGACCUUCAUCCCCAUUCUGACUAAUGUCAACUAUGCUGAUUUCACACUGAAAACAUCGCCAAACAAGGAUUACUACAGCAUUAAAAGCAAAUACAAAACAUGCUUCUUCAGAUAUGCUUGCUUAAAUAGUAAAUCUGAAAUGACUUUCAGUAGUAAUGUUGCCUAUGGAGGAACCAAGUUCCAUGAAACUAUAGACUACCAAUGUCCAUUCAUCCUCUCUUGGUUAUGUUCAAGAGAACUGACACACCAAAGGAAUGAGUGGAUGAACCGCUUGGAAAAAAUCUACCAGAAUUGAGCAACUUAGAUGUGGCAAUACAAAAUAGGUAUCUUGGGAGUUGGGACUGCUUUAGAUCUACAAUAGGAUAGGACAUACCUUGUUUUAGUGCGGGAUCAAUAAAACGGACAAUUAACGACGUUACGUAAUCUAGGGAGACUUUUGUCUCCCCACCCUAGUUCCUGAUACUCAUAGCUUAUAGAAACAAAGUAAAAAGAAAAAAAAAUUAUUACAUGACAUUUUUUAAUUUUAAAAUUUGCAUAAUAAAAUUUUUACCAACUGUG